ACAUCCGGGCGGUCCCAAUCACAGAGCUAUUUACAGGGUGUAGCAUAACUAUAAAUACAGAGAAUUAUGUAGAAAGAUAAGAUUUGCCAAGUAGAAUUACCCUGAAGGUUUUACUGCAAAUAUGUAAGUACCGCUGGAGUCCUACGUUUCGGAACAUACCAGUCCUGAACAACUCUCCGUCCUGCGGUAGCGCACAACCUACGGAUGGGGGUUGUGGAUGCAGUGCUGGGUAAUCUGCUGGAUGCUGUCCUACGCGCUGGUCAUCUCCUGUCCCCUCUCCUCUCCCUUUCUGUUCUCCUCCAGCUGACAGCUCUGGUUCUCCUGCUCCUGUUGCUCCUCCGAGUCAGCUGUCUGCUGUGGAGCCAUGCUCAGUUCAACAGGCGUCUCAGCUGCUUCAGUAAGCCACCCACGCAGAGCUGGCUGAUGGGUCACCUGGGUGAGAUGCGUAGCACUGAGGAGGGUCUGCAAGCGGUGGACAGGUUGGUGAGGACCUACAAACACUCCUGCUCCUGGUUUUUGGGACCUUUCUACUCCCUGGUCCGGCUGUUCCAUCCUGACUACGUCAAACCCCUGCUCCUGGCCUCUGCUUCCAUCACGGUAAAAGAUGAGCUGUUUUACGGUUUUCUUAGGCCAUGGCUGGGACAGAGCAUUCUCCUCAGUAACGGGGAGGAGUGGUCCCGUCGUCGACGUCUCUUGACUCCGGCCUUCCACUUCGACAUCCUCAGGAACUACAUCAAGAUCUUUAACCACUCCUCUGAUGUCAUGCAUGCUAAGUGGCGCCGCCUGGUGGCCAAUGGAGAGAGUUGCCUGGACAUGUUCAGUCAGAUCAGCAUGUUGACCCUCGACAGCCUGCUAAAGUGCACCUUCAGCUACAACAGCAACUGCCAGGAAAACUCCAGUGAGUACAUAGCGGCCAUCUUGGAGCUGAGCAACCUGAUCAUUGACCGCCGGGGCCGGAUCCUCCACCACUGGGACUGGUGGUACUGGAGGACUCCGGAGGGACGGCGCUUCAAACGGGCCUGCGACAUAGUUCACGGAUUUACAAGAACUGUGGUCCAGGAGCGCAGAGAACAGCUUCUCCACCGGAGGGAGCCAGAGAGCCACACUGAGAAAAGAGACGAGGAGGAGAAGAAGAAGAAAGUGGUAGACUUCAUAGAUCUGUUGCUCCUGUCCAAGGAUGAGGAAGGGCAGGGACUCUCAGACGAGGACGUAAAAGCAGAGGCUGAUACUUUCAUGUUUGCUGGUCAUGACACCACGGCCAGUGGGAUCAGUUGGGUUCUGUACAACCUGUCUCAGAAUCAGGACUACCAAGACCGCUGCAGAGCCGAAGUCAAUGAUCUGCUACAGGACAGACAGACAGAGGACAUAGAAUGGGACGACUUGAACAACCUCCCUUUCACCACCAUGUGUAUCAAGGAAUCUCUGAGACUGCACUCCCCAGUCUCUGCUGUCACCAGACGCUACACCGAGGACAUGAAUGUGCCCGGGGGACGGGUCAUACCAAAGGGUAGUAUCUGCCUGCUGAGCAUCUAUGGGAUCCACCACAACCCUGAGGUCUGGCCUGACCCAGAUGUGUACAACCCAAUGCGCUUUGACCCAGAGAACUCAAAGGGUCGUUCAUCCCACGCCUUCAUCCCCUUCUCUUCAGGACCGAGGAACUGCAUAGGUCAGAAGUUUGCCAUGGCAGAGAUGCGUGUGGUCGUGGCACUGACACUGCGAAGGUUCCGUUUGACCUCCGGGCCGGAGAAGGUCAGGAGGCUGCCCCAGGUGGUCCUCGGGGCCGAGGGAGGCCUACAGUUGCAGCUGGAGACCCUAGACCCACCCCAGGAAUGAUCUCCGACCUUUCCCGACCUCUGCCUUCUAUGCAUCAGUCAGACCAACAGCUAUUAUGCUAAUGCUCAUUACUGGGGCUUGGGUAGCAAAAGCUUACUUCUGCUUACUUCUACAAAUUAUUAUUAUUAUUUGAAAUAUUGAUUUCUGAAUGAUUAAGGUAAGCGCUCUGACCUGCUUAAAACAAAAUUAAUGCUCCAAAUCAAAGAUGAACUUGCAACCCUCAGAGCCAAAGUCAGUGGCUGCAAUCAUACUUGACAUUAAUGGAUACUUGUAUGAAUCUAGUAGACUGUACAUAUAUCUUGACAUUUUGGCUAGGUCCUUAUUUUGUACCUGCAGAACCAGAUAAACCUUUUGCAUUCUGUAAAUUAGAUUAAUGUUUUUUAUAUUUUCAAUUUAAGUCUAUUGUUAUUUUAUUUUUCAGUUUUGAAUAAAAAUACAUCCUGGAUGAAUAUUAUGGAGAA